AUGGCCAAAGCCGACACCAUAGUCUCCGCGGGGCGCGGCGAUGCCAGCCCCGACCCGGAGAAGCAGUCCAUCACCGAGGCUUCCACCCAUGAGCUCAAGCGCGAGAUGUCAGGUCGCCACCUGCAGUUUAUCGCCAUCGGAGGUGCAGUAGGCACGGGCUUGUUCAUCGGUAGCGGCGCUUCGCUGGCCACAGCGGGUCCUGUUGGCUGUCUGAUUUCGUACAUCGCCGUCGGCACGAUUCUGUAUUCGGUCAUGACCAGCUUGGGUGAGAUGGCGACGUACAUCCCAACUGCUGGCUCAUUCACGUCAUACAGCGCACGAUUUGUCGACCCGGCAUUGGGCUUUGCGAUGGGCUGGCUCUACUGGUUCAGCUGGGCUAUUACGUGGGCUCUCGAGUUGACCGCAGCCGGAAUGAUUAUCCAGUAUUGGAAUACCAGCAUCAGCAUUGGCAUCUGGAUAGCCAUAUUCUGGGUCCUGUUCACGGCAGUCAACUUCAUUCCGGUCAAGUGGUACGGCGAGCUCGAGAUGUGGUUUGUCUCGAUCAAGGUCGUGACCAUUCUCGGAUUCCUUAUUUUUGCGAUCUGCAUUAACGCAGGUGCAAGCCCCCAGGGAUAUCUGGGCUUUACCUAUUGGAAAAACCCCGGCGCCUUCGCUUCAUACGACGAGAAUAUGGCCCCGUCUACCGGCAAAUUUGUGUCGUUCUGGAGCGUUCUCGUCACAGCGGCUUUCUCUUAUCAAGGUGCUGAACUCGUUGGCGUUGGCGCAGGAGAAGCUCGCAACCCGCACAAGACGGUCCCGGUCGCCAUUCGGAACACCUUCUGGGGCAUCCUGUUCUUGUUCGUUUCGACGAUCUUCUUCCUUGGAAUCCUCGUUCCAUACACCAACACGGAGCUCACGAACGGGAGCACCAGCGCCGCCGGCUCUCCGCUCGUUAUCGCCGCGAACCUCGCCUCGGUCCCCGUCCUGCCGGACAUCAUCAACGCCGUCCUGCUGACUGCAGUGCUCUCCGCGGCGAACUCGGUAGUCUACUCUGGAAGCCGUAUCCUGGUCGGUCUCGCAAACGAGGGGCACGCCCCGCGCAUCCUGCUCAAGACCAACAACCAGGGAGUCCCCUACUACGCCGUGGCCCUCACCUCGGCGUUUGGCCUGCUGGCCUUCCUGAACCUCUCGCCUUCCGGCGAAGAUGCGUUCAACUGGUUCCUCAACAUCACCGCCGUGGCCGGUCUGAUCACCUGGGCCAGUAUCAACUUGUCCCACAUCCAAUUCCAGCGCGCUAUGAAGGUCCAGGGGAUCCCACGGUCCUCGCUGCCGUACCUAGCACCGUUCCAGCCCUUCAUGGCGUGGUAUGGCUUGUUCUUUAAUACUCUGAUUGUGAUCACGCAAGGCUUCACAGCAUUCAUGCCUUGGAACACGGUGGACUUUUUCACGGCAUAUAUCAGUGUCAUCCUGUUUGUGGUGCUUUAUGUUGGGUACAAGGUUGCAUUCCGGCCGGCGUUCAUCAAGGCGAGCGAGGCGGAUUUGAACAAGGGACGAUUACAGACCGCGGAAGGCGUAGUCGUUGAGCAAUGA